CCCGUCAUACGUUUGUAAAUUUUGUACAUCUAACACACGCAUAAAAUAGAAGAAAUAAAAAUUUGUAUAAAGAGUAGAAUGUCGUAACGUGUUUCAUUUUUGAAGCCGUCGAAACCUUUCGAAUCUUUGAUAUUUUUAAAGUGAAGUAUCAAACACCUGAUUCGCCAGAGGGAUUCGGGCAAUCACUUUUUCGCCUACGACAUCCUUUGUGCACACACGAAUAUUACGAAACGUGCUUAACAAUCUCGGAUAAAAAGAGUUAUCCAAAUAUGAAUCGCAUUUCUCUGUUGCAAUCGAUUCUCCUUACAACAACUGCUGUAAUUGUACAGUGACUCUCUUUCCGGAUAACGAUGAUGGUUCACCAAUAAUCGUAUCAUCGUGACAUUCUGUCUUAGAUUAUCGUCCAAUGAUAUAUUUGAUUCGAAUCUCGUGGUAAGUAGCCCAUAACCUAUCUCCUACUACCAUGGCGAGCCUCCCCCACGUACAAAGAAAUUUUCUACAUUCGUGAUAGAAUCCAACCAGUGAAAACUCCGUUGCGAGAAAUGAAUGCUCGUUAGUUGUAUAUGGAGCUUGGAAAGAAUAGUCUCGUGGCCUUGCAACGAAUAGAAUUUGUAAAAUCGAUUCAAAUUUUAUUAUCGUAAUAGAAUAUGUGUAAUUUUUCCUCUUAAUUUUUAUAUAAUUAUACCGUAUCGACAUAAGUCUUGUGACGAAAAAUUAACUUGAGUGUUAACAAUUAAAAUUGAUUUCGAAAAAUGUCGUGUGAAUAAUCAGAAAGGAUAAGGAUCGGCAGAUUUAAAGGACAUGCUUGAAACCGGGCGUAGAACCGUAAUCAAUACGUCUCAGCUUGGACUUUAUUCCGAUAACGGUGAUCGUUAUCGUAGAAAUCGAUACAAUUCUAUUACCAGGAAAUUCGUGAUUGGAGUUAUGGUAGUGGUGAUAGUGAUGUUAAUUGGAAUAUUUCUGUACGAUUUCGCGUCCGCGUCAUCGGUGAACAAUAAACUGAAUCAGGAAUCGAAGCACAUGUACAUCUUGCAAAAUGCGCUUAAGAAACCGUCGAACUUGACGAAAAAAUUACAGUACAACACCACUGUUUCGCCAGAAGUGAAUAGAACUAGCCCCGUUUACAUUCAAGAUCGCUCAGACAAUGAUAGCUAUGAGAAUUUGUUUCCUUACGACGGGGCGGCCGAUCAGAAUGUUGUGGCCGAUCCCGAGUUUAAGUCGCAGAACCUGAACAACUUCAAACUGAGGAAAAGAGUGCUGAAAUCGGUGGACGAGGCGGCAGAGGGGAAACAGUUGUUCGACAAUCACGCGAUUGUUUAUCGUGUGAAGCAAAGGCAUAAAUACCCAACCUCGAGCGAGGAUGAAAGUUCAGAGGAGAGUCGACCGACUCCUUUUCACUGGGAGUUGAAGACGCCGCAACCGACCGCCUUCAAACGUCAAAGGUAUCCUCAGUUGUCCCAAUACAGAUACCCGUACGCGUCCAGGAACAUUCAAGACAUCAUAAAGUAUCUGACUAAUGACGCCGACCUGCCGAAUCGGGGCAUCAAGUUUGCAGGAGUGUACGUGAAUCCGAAGAAAUACGAUUUGUUCCCACCUGGGGUCGGGGAGAUGAUGUCCAACAGCGAUAGAUCGGAAGAAGAUGAAACUUCCUCUUAUCCUUUGAACGAGGAUCCCUUUUACCAAUAUAAACCGAGACAUCCCACGGACGUGAAUCUGUUGGCCACGUCUAAUGUCAGAUUUUCGCCAACGGGUCUUCAUAAGUACAAUUACGAGUAUGGACGGCCUAUAAAUUACUACAAACCGACAUCCAUGGACUCUUUAUACGAGAGUCCAAUUUCUUAUUCCAAUAAUUAUUCGAAGAAGCGUAAACCGCAACCGUUCAGCGUCAUGUUGGAUAUUUAUCCGAUCACCGACAUAGCGGAGAAUCAAAAUAAGAAAGGGAACAGGCCGAGACAGGUGCCAAUAGAGGAUUACGAGGUGAGAAGGCCGAUUCAGUACAACAGGGGGCCGAAAUUUUAUUCUCCGCCCCCGCAGACUAUGAGCGACGAGGAGGAAAAGCAACAAAUGGUAUUCCACUUGAAUCUGUAUCCGAGAAAGAAGAACAAGAUGAGCAGAUACGAUAUUAUUCACAGAUCGGAAUCGAUGCCGCCUGAAGAACGGCAACAAUUCGUGGACAAAGUAUGGUCGCCAUUGGAAACGAUAGCUAAGCAUUUGGCAGUGGAGCAAUCGAAAUUCGUGGACGAUAAAGAUACAAAUUUUGCCGCUACCCGAUACCAAGAAACGGUUCUUGACGACAAGGAUGAGGUUACAAAGUUUCGUCAGAUCAACGAUUCCGCCGAAUCGAGCGACAAUCCGGGAGAAGCUAGCACGAUUAGAUCCAAGCUUCCCUCGAAUCACAGAUCCAACAUCGAGGAGGAUUACGCGAGCACCGAGAAAUACGAGGUUGACGCUAAAAAAAUUGUAGCGACCACCAUUGAGAAUGAAUGCGACGAUUGUAGCAGCACUACUGCUGUGAUUUCGAAAGAGAUUUCGAAUAUCAACGAGACUGAAAGUAUCGACCAAUUGAAAAGCAUCGAUACUAUUGAGGGAUUUACAAAAUUCAACGAUAGCAUUUCUUAAAUUUUUUCAAAAAUUGUAUCGUAAAUGGAAAAAAAUUUUAAACCAAUCUUAAGAUAACGAAUCAUUCGAAGAGAAAAAUAUUUCAUUUUCGAGAAAAAAAAAAAAGAAAAAUAAAGGAUGAUCAAUGUACGAGGCUAUCCUAAUAAAAAGAUUGUUACAACCGUUGAAAAUCACGCGAAGAAUUCAUUAAUGCCUUCCCUCAAAAUAUAUUAUAAUUUCUAAUUCCAUCUUCUCUCGUUGAUUAUUGAUGAUUGUCUGAACUGGACAGUCAUCAAUCUUCACGCGGGUAUUUCUUAGUAUUUUCCAUCAGAUCAAAUUAUCUACAUAGCUCCACCUCGCCUUGACAUUUUCGUCGAGGGCGUUCGAGAGGGCUCUCAAGAUCUUGGUUGGUGCAAUCGUACGUAAGAUAUUCGUUGAACGCGAUUGCCUCAUAGGCCAUGAGACGGUGGACGGUCUACAAAAUUGGUAUUCGUCGGUAUAUACCGUACCUUCUAAUGGAGGAAAGGAACACAAGAUAGUACCUUCGUUCCGAUAUUUCGUCACGAUCGUCGAAAUUGAAGGGCAACAGGAAAUUUCUUUCGAAUGUUUCAAAUAUUUAGAUUUAAAAUUGAAAGAUCUUUGGAAUCGAAGAUUACUUUUUUUAAGUAAAAAUGUUUCGGUAAUUUUCGAAGAAAGUACGUAAUAAUUCGUUUUAAAGAUCCAACGUGAAUCAGAACGUGAACGUUCGGUCACGAUUUCCAUAAAUGUCAAUGUAUUCGAGUCACGUAUAUAAGAAAUAAGACCAGACGUUUCUUUCCUUUUUUUCCUUCUUCUUCUUCUUCUUCUUCUUCGUUUAUGACAUAAUUCAAAUGUACAAUGUUUUUCUUCUUUUUAUUUCAUCCUUAAAUACUGAAUAUAUAUUACAACAGCGUAAGUUCUAUGACAAUGCCAGCGUACGCUUGUGAGUUUCAGAUUCGUGUACAAUCUAAGAAAUAUACAAUUCACGCAGUUAGUUAGUUAGUUAGUAUCGCACUUCAUACGUGUCCUAUUUAUUUUGGCACGAACUUCUCGAACUCUUACGUUAUAGCACCAUUCUUCGACUCUUUCGUCGUCCGUACGUAACAAUCACCUAUACCUUUGAAACAAUUAUAUAAUACAAUCCCUUGACUCUGUUUCGAAACUAUUCCCUCGUUAUUAACGAAGAAAAUUGCACCGUUGCUGAAACAUCUUUCAUUCGAUACGAAGAAAAUUCACCGAUUUCGAUGGCAAUUUCUAAAAAAAAAAAAAAAAAA